AUGGCAUCUACAAACAAAGAACAACAAGUUGCAACGCUCUUCAGCGACUUAAAAAAAGCAGUAAAUAACUACGAUGAUGAACUUAGUUUAGACUUAUGUGACAAAAUCAUCAAAAUCGAACCGAAAGAUGAACUUGCUCUUCACUGCAAAGUCAUCACGUUAAUCCGCCUAGAACAGUACAAAGAAGCAUUGACUGUGAUUGCACGUCAAUUUAAGAACAGUAAUAUUGAUCUCUCAUAUGAGAAAAUUUAUUGUUACUAUCGUACCAAUCAGUUCCAACCAGCCAUGGAUCUCUUAAGAGAUUUGAAGUCGCAAAACAAGGAUAAUGAGUCUUUAUUAUAUCUUGAGGCUCAAUUGCUGUAUUCUCAAGGCAAAUUCGAAGAGGCAAUUGAUAUCUAUGAGUCUUUAUUAAAGUCGACCAAUAAGAAAGACAGUUUGUACGAUGAAAUUCAAGUCAAUUUGUUAGCUGCCAAAGCUGGUUUGGCCUUUUCGAGUGAGAAGCCUUCUAGUAGCUUUGAUGAUGAAUUGAAAGAAAGCUCUGAAAUGUACGAAGUAGCUUACAAUGCAGCCUCCGUCUAUCUUGCGCGAGGAGACAUCAAGAAGGCUCAGCAACAAUUAGAAUUAGCUUACAAACAAUGUAGCAAUAAGUCACAAGGAAUGUCUGAGGAAGAACAGGAAGAGGAAUUAGCUCUUAUCUCGGCUCAAUUAGCUUAUACCUAUCAAUUACAAGGCCGUGCAAAUGAAGCAAUCAAAAUUUAUAAUCAAUUGGUUGAUUCCAAGGAUGCUACUGUGGCUGCAGUUGUGAGCAACAAUAUUGUCGCUCUAGAUAAUGCCAAGGAUUUAGAAGAUGCUGCAAAGAGAUUGAAAAUCGCAACUAACAAAGAGGCAGACACAAGACUCAAGAAUUAUCAGAAGCGUGUCAUCUCAAUGAACGAAUGCUUGUUACAACUCUAUUCUAAAAAAUAUUCCGCCUGUAGAGAUCAAGCGCAGAAACUCAUUGAGAAAUAUCCCAACAAUGAUGAUCUGUAUCUUAUUUUAGCCAGCGCAACCUACUAUCAACUUAAGGCUACAAAGGCAAUUGAAGAGUUGAAAAAAUGUUCAGAGAAAAAGCCCAAAUCACUUGCUAUUCGUUUUGCGAUUAUACAGUUACAACUAAUGGAUUCUAAACCAGUGGCUGCCCUUACUACUUUACAAUCUUAUUUGCAAACCGUUAAAGAAGACAAAAACACCUAUUAUAAGCCUGCUUUAGUUGCAUUGUCAGUUUGGUUGUAUGAACAAAGUGGCCAGCCCCAAAAGGCUAUGGAAAUUUUGGACGAAGCAUCUUCCGUUUGGAAACAAGAUCCUGAGUUUGACGGGGCUGUGGCCCCGGCCUCUACACUCAAGCAGACAGCUGCAUUCAAAUUGAAAGCAGGACGUUAUGAAGAAGCUGUUGCAGAGUAUGAGCAACUAGUCAAAGCUGACCCCUCUGAUGCCCAAGCUCUUGCCGGUUUGAUAGCCGCUUACGCUGAAGUUGAUCCCGAAAAAGCUGAACAAUAUGGUAGUUCACUUCCUGCUGUAUCGUUAGAGCAUUUGGAUAUUGAUAAUCUCGAAAAUGCUGUACCUGGUGUCAAACGAGGUUAUGUUAGAAAGGAUUCAAAUACUCGCCAUACAACUAAGCCAAAGACUAAGAAGAAACGAGCGCCCCUUUUACCGAAGAUUAUGGAUUCCAAUAGCAAGCCUGAUCCUGAGCGCUGGUUACCCAAAUAUGAACGCUCGAAUUAUACAAAAAAUACAUCAUCCAAACGUCGUAAAUAG